GGCUCAAAAAAUGCUGUUUUACCAAUAAUGGCAGCAAGUCUAUUAAGUAGCUCCCCGGUAAUUUUGCAUAAUGUGCCUGAUUUAAUUGAUGUGCAUCUAAUGUCUAAGUUGCUUGAAAGUCUUGGAGCAGAAGUGAACUUUAUGCACAAUAAAAAUUAUAAAGCGAACCAUACUUUGAAAAUUGACUGCAGCAAUAUCAACAAUCACGUGAUGCCAUAUAAAACCGCAAGUAAGCUAAGAACUUCUUUUCUAAUAUUGGGUCCAAUGCUUAGCAGAUUUGGCAAAGCGAGAACAGCAUUUCCUGGUGGAUGCAACAUUGGAAAGCGUCCCGUUGAUAUGCAUAUUAAAGCAUUAGAAGAAAUGGGAGCUAAAAUUGAAAUUGACGGCUAUAAUAUAAUUGCAACAGUGAAAGGAAAGCUACAAGGAAAAGAAAUCACAUUUGAGAAAAUAAGUGUUGGCGCAACAGAAAAUGUAAUAAUGGCAGCAACAUUUGCAGAAGGAGUGACAACAAUAAACAAUGCUGCAACUGAGCCGGAAGUUCUUGAUUUAAUAGAUUUUCUGAAGAAAAUGGGUGCUGAUAUUGAAAUUGAUAAUACAAAGGUCGUAAUAACAGGAGUUGAAGCACUAAAUGGAUGUGUUCAUAAAAUAAUACCAGAUCGCAUAGAAGCAGGCACCUAUGCACUAGCUGCUAUAGAUGGGAUAUCAGUAAUUGAAGAGAACAUUUUUGAAAACAGAUUUACACAUGCAGAUGAAUUGAGAAAGUUAGGUGCUAAUAUCAGCAUCGAGAAAAGCAAAGCUACUAUAAGUGGAAUAAAAAGCUUAUCUGGAGCUAAUCUAUAUGCUACUGACUUAAGAUCAACAGCAGCUUUGGUG